AUGGACGCCAACGAUCCAUCGUUGACCAAUACUCAGAACUACGCCUCCUACGCCUGCCGUUUCAUGCUGGUCGCCAUGAGGUCGAGAAAAAGCUCCGUGCUUCCUCCGGCAGAUCGAGAACCUAGCGAGACGCCGAUACGCACCGAACUUCAGAAGGCUACGAUACCAAGCCGAGGUGGUAAAAACGAAGAGUGCUGGGUUGAAGUGUACUCGAAGGAAAAUAACGCAGUACGCGAUGGGACCUCAGAUCUCGUUAACUUCUUUGUGAUCUACCACGUAUCGUUGGAAUUGGUGGCGUUGUACGACGUGCUUCGCGUUGCGUGA